CAAGGAACAACUUGGAAGUAGAUUCUCGAACAAAGCCACCCAAAUUCUUGACGCUUUCCUCUUUUCAACACGGUCUCUUUUAAGUCAGUUUAUAAGCAAAACCUCUUCGCCAUUGUAAAUCAUAAAUCUUAUGAAAGAUCUUUCAAACAUUCAAAAAUCUAUCUCCAGAAAAUUUCAAAGUCUCUUCUAUUGUUUAUCAUCUUUGAUCUCAAUCAUGAAUUCCAUGUUCAGUGCCUUUGACGCUCUCUUCGCUGAGCUUAUGGUGGGAAAGAACCUUCUGGCUUCUUCGUUUAAUGCUACCACCACCAACAAACCUGCCGCAACGCAAAAGCAAGCGCAGGAGAAUGAAAAAACAAGUAACAUUAGUUUGGGGCAGAAGACUCCGAGGUUUGCUCUGGAGCUCGACGGUCUUCACUGCUUUGAGACAAUAGUCCGUUCUUGAUUUUGAUUAUUAUUGUUGAUCCGUUCUUGGUGCUUGACCUCAAGAUCAGAAACAAUUUUUUAGAUUUUGUUGUUAUAAUUUUUCGAUUUAUUCAUUAUAACAUGUGAUUGUGAAUACAUAUUGGAAUAUCAAUUUGUUCGAUCGGAUUAUAUUCAUAUAUUAUCUCUGCUUGUCUUU